UAGAGUUUCAGGCUCGAUUCCAGUCCACAGGCUCGUCGCGAGGCCCAAAAGGCCGCCAAGCAAGACCCCAUCCUCAAGAAGCAGAUACAGGAUCUCCUCAAGAAGGGUGAGACCCAGAAGGCGUACCAGAAGGCCAAGAUGCUUCUCUCCAAGCAGGCACUCGCUCAGCAGAUGGACCAAAUGGCCGACAUGGCUGAGCUGUCUGCUGCACAGAUCCAGGCCAACAACUCGAUGAACCGAAUGACCCAGAUGAUGGCCCAAUCAUCGCGAACUAUGAACGUCGCCCAGAAGAACACCAACCCCGAAAAGACCCUUGUUACCCUCGAGCAGUUCAAGCAGCAAAACGAAGAAUACGCCAUGUCCAACGGCAUCUACCAAGACGCUAUUACACAGUCCACCUCGACACAGGUUGGCGAGGACGCUGUCCACGAGCUCCUCGGAAAGUUGGCUGAUGAUGCUGGCCUUGAGCUCAGCAAGGAACUCAACCAAGCGACGCCUUCAACCGCGGAGCCCGCGCAGACUAAUGAGCCCAGCGCCGAAGAGGAAGAUAAACUUCAGCAGAGGCUGCGAGCUCUGCGAGCAUAGUUUUCAUAUUGUAGAACUUGUCAGUUCAGGGGGACCUUAACAUCUUCUUCCAUGGGGCAAUGAUACAACAUGCAUGGAAGUCGACUCUUCACAAGGUUUUGGUUUUGGUUUUGUUCUGGUUACGGUUUGGCGUUGGGGUUUUUCGGGAGGCGACAUGAAUUUAUCUCUAAUUUGAGAACAAUGCGAGUCUUCCAACGAUUACGAAUACACAUAUUAGAUAGGGUCACUUCUUCCACAUCUUCGUUUUCAUGGCUAUAACGUACAUGGGACACACACUGCUGCAUCCAACAGCUCUCUCAUCCA